UUUCUCCUGGCAACGAGAUCAAUCAAUUCUUGUCAGGUUCCUGCGUGGCAAUGAUUGGUUGAUUAUUUUCGCAGUAAAAACAAAUAAAGAAGCGUCUAAAGAAGCAGUUUGAAUGAUUGGUGGAAACUGCGAUAACUUCACAUGUGUUCCACAAUACUUAAAACAUUAUAACAAUAACAAAAAUAUAUUAAAAUCGAAAAGYGUCAAAUAUUGAUAAAAUAUUCAUAAAACUACUGCUCAGCGGUUUUUCUACUAGACCUAGUUUCCCCACGAAUGAGAAAGUAACGCCUGGUAGUUUUUCUAGGGAACAACGCGGCGAUUUUUUGCACAGCUUCAAAAUGAAUGCUAGUUUUGCACUGGAAAAUUUAUAUUUAAUUGCAGAGGACCAGAUAAAAGGAUUUUUAGACUUCUAUAAAGCGAUCAACUGGCGGGAAACAUGGCUGACAGGGCUGAUAAUUUUCCAUCUCUUGACUUUCAUCAGUGUGAUAUUAACYCGUAAACAYAGUAAUGUACAGGCGGUAAUGUUUGUUGUGUUAUUGUGUAUAGUGCUUGGCUCAGAGCAACUCAAUAUACAUGGGUCAAAACACUGGAGAAAGUUCUCCAAGGAACAGUACUUUGACUCCCAGGGAUUAUUCAUCACAGCUGUUCUGUCUGGUCCAAUUAUAUUUAACUGUUUUAUAAUGAUGGUCAUGUGGUUGUACACAGCUGGAAAGAUGUUGAUAGUAGUGGGACGAGGUAGACUUAGAGAGAAAAGRAAACAAAUGGUCAAAAGUACUGAAGAAAAUAAAAAAGAAAAUUAAAAAAGGGAGUAAUAUAUAUGCUAGGUAGGUUUAUUGUAGAAAAAAAAAUUGCUGUCAUUUCUGAUUCAAACUGCGCAAAAUCUGAGGAGCUUGCUGAUAUAUUUUAUGAACAUCUAAUUAUCAUAGCAGUUUGCAUUGCAUUGUGGUUUAGAUUAUGUACAAACAUCUUUUUCAUGCUGCCAAAAAUGGCAUUGUUUUAUGCUGAAGCUAGACCAUGAUUUUGUAUUUCAGAAUUAGGUUUAUUAUAAUGAAUGAGGAUCUCCACCGUUGUUUUGUAUGAGUCUGUGUGGUUAUAUAAAUUCUCACUAGCUUUGUGGUUUGGCAGCAGUCAUUAUUUAUUUAUAUUCAUUUAGUUAUAAACAAAAAUGGUUUUAUUUCAAAAGAAUGUAUAGUGAACUUGAACAGAACUUCUAGUUUUUUAAUCAAAAAUGAGAAGAAAAAAAUUCAUCAAACCUUUCAUGAAAAGUUACUAUAUAGAUUUAUAGAGCAACAAUUUUAAGCACAUCUUUUGGUCAAGUUUAUAGGGAAUUUGAGUUUGUCAUGUUUUUACAUAUUUUAGACAGUGUAGUCUAGCCAGKGGAUUUUUGACCAGUUGCCUGGUCUUGUGUCAUAAAUUCAGAACCAAACAUAACACACUUUGCUAUAAAACAUUGUUUUAUUUCAGUUCAGAAAAUUUGUAUCAACAAACUAGUUUUGUCAUCAUUAAACUUUGCGUUUACUUAUUAUAAAAGCUUGGGUGUUUUUUUUUUCAUAUCUGAUCAAAAUCAAAACUCUCCCCUUUAAUUCAAUAAAGUAUUAAAGAGAAGAUGGUAUUUGAUCAAGUGUACUGACAUAUACACCUCCAUUAUUUUAAGCAACCUUGUGUAGCAAUAACAAAAUUACUUUUAAAUUAAAAUUUGAGAAUUAUUGGACCAGAUUCGAGUAUAAACUUUGGCACCAAAGGGGUUAUAGACUAAAUAUAAAUAAUAUGUAAAAGAAGGCUGCAAACACUUAAAGAACACAAUGAAUGUUUGCACCAAACACAGAAAGAAGAGUUUACAUGGUAAAUAGAAGUCUUUUCCUCAUCAAUUCCAAGGCAUAGAGUGCUCAACAUUAACAUGGACUGAAUGCAUUUUUACAUUAAUUUUGGUAAUUGAACCAGAAAGUGAACCAAUAAGUGGCACAAUUUUCUAGAAUAAGGACAUAUUAAGUAUUACAAAUUAAAUAUAUAAUUAUUAGUAGUGUUAAGUAUAAAAGCAUGAACAGUAAAAAAUUAACACUGACUGAUCCUUCCUUAUAUAUGAGAGACUAUCAAAUGCUUUGUUUUUCCUUUUUUUAAAAAUGUUGCAAAAGAAAAACAAUGAGGUUGUUGACUACUAGGAGUACAUACACUAAAAGUAUGCAAUACUUUGCAUUAAAUGGUACCAACUAAAGAAGAAUAGCAAAUAGCAGAAUUAGCAUAAUCUACCAGAGUAUAUACAUGUGGGAUGACCUACGUAGCACGCAGUUGAUGUAAUGUAUUCAUAAAAUGYAUUGUAUUCCAUUGUUUCUCGUUCUAUUGUAUUAUGUGUUUUGUAUUAUAUCUUUAUGAAUAUAUUACAUCAACUGAGUKCUACGUAGAUUCUCCCAUAUACAUGUAGCCUSCUAACAGGCGUUCCUGCURAGGGCCGAGAAGGAAURGGGAGGAGGAACRCCUGUUAGGAGGCUAAAGUAUAUAGUGGUAUUUAUGUUGCAACCUAUUUUUUAAUAGCUUGGCAGUUUUUUCACGCUGAAUUAAGUAGUCAUAGCAUCUUCGCAGGCAACUCUACUCCGUGGGGUUCCUGUGUUAAGGCACAAAAAAGUGCCGGAGGGGGAGGGGGAUAGAAAGGAAGGACACCAGUUCUUCUCGUUCAAGAAUAUGAAUACAGGAAGACCAAGAAAAGAAAAAGUCUGUUUCCGAUGGAGUAGCCUGCGAGGGAGGCUAAAGUAGUCACAGGCUCUCUAAAAAAGGAUGGAGGUUGAUUGACACAWGUCACUCAGCCCGUAUUCUCUUCAAGAGAGCCUGUAGUAACCACUGUCACUGUAAUCUGAGAAACGUUUCGAUAACUCCAUCGUUUACAAUUUUGUCUUAUUAAAGCUUAUUAAUUAUUAUYAAUAAAAUUAUUUACAAUCA